GUGGAAAGUUACUGCAACUCUGAGUAAACACAGAGAGAACAACAGCGACACAGAUAAAUUAAAAUAAAAUAAAAUUAAAACAUUUUGCGAUUCUAUUUCCAUUUCUCCAUUUCUUUCUGCAAUUCGAUCAAUGCUGAUAUCAGCAAAAGCACCGCCGCCUUCAUCCCCGCUUUCGAUCGGUGGCUCGGGCCCUCACUGCGUUAAAUGUCAUGUGGAGCCCCUUAUUUGCUCAACCUCAUAUGGGUACUCUGGAAGUUGGAUUAAGGCACCAUUUGAGCUUCAUGGAGUUUUUCUGUAUCAUGGCUUGAGUUUUAGAAGUGAGAAUCCUUUUUCUGGAACCUCACGGUAUCAAUGGUUGCCUCAGAGACAUGAUAUUUGCAUUUCACAAGUUUCAGUAGCUGCCGAUUAUUCAGAUUCAGUUCCUGAUGCUGACUCAUCCAAUUAUGCUAACCACAAAGGCUAUCAUCCACUUGAGGACGUAAGAGAAAACAAACUGGUUACAGUGCCAACGUCUGCUGAGAUUGCAAGGACUGCUGUAGAGUCUAACCACAGGGCCAUGUUAAUAUUCCCCCGUGGUGUGCACUGUGAGCCACACGAACAGAUCUCGUGGGCUGAAUUUCAGUAUGUUGUUGAUGACUUUGGAGAUAUAUGUUUUGAGGUUUAUGAUGAUCAGAACAUCUUACAAGACCGUGGAACAGUUAAUCCUGUGACUGUCUUGAUUGGGAUGGAUAUCGCUUGCUAUAAGGGCAGGAAGAUGGAUCUUUAUGAUGACAACACUGUUGACUUUGACCCUGAAGACGAUGUUUUUUUUAUUGAUGAAUAUAGUGAAAUAGAAGACCCUACCAAGACAGACAUCUGGGAUAAUUGGGAAGUACCUGAAAAAUCCUCUUCGACUCAUCCAGUUUACUUUUCCAAGUGCUUGGCAAAGGCUAUUGAUGUGGAGCAUGUUAAAAUGAUGGAUCACCCAUCAAAUGGUGUCGUCCUGUGGGGCUUCCUCAGGCCUGUCUAUAUUGAUGAAGAAAAUUAUAUAAAGCGGUUCUUUAAAGAUGAAAAGAGUGAUGGCUAUACCUCAGGCGGCAGUGAUGGAAAUAGUGCGAGCUUCAGUGUGGACGACAAAAAUUGCUGUAGAUCAACUAUUUACAGACUGGAAAUCGCAAAAAUCGAGUUAUUCUCAGUCUAUGGUGUUCAGGCAUGUAUGCUUUCAAGUUUUAGGUUUUCUUUGAUCACACUAUCAUUUUUUGCAUUGUGUAUAAGUUGUGUGAUUAGCCUCAGUUUACUGACAUUUUCCUUUGUCUUCUGUUUUCUGAAUAAUGUUGUUAGCGUGCAGGAUUUUCAAUAUGCUGAACCUGAUGUUCUUGUGCAUUCCGUCCCAUCAAUUCUAAAGCGCUUUGACAGGACUGGAUCAAGGUGCAAUGUUGCCCUUAAAGAUUUUUGCAGAAAAAAAGGACUUUAUGUUGAGAGAGCAAAUUUGAUUGGAGUCGACAGCCUUGGCAUUGACGUUAGAGUUUCUACUGGAACAGAAGUAUGCACUCAUCGGUUUUCUUUCAAAGUUCGGGCGAAUUCUGAUUGUGCUGCGGACAAACAGAUACAGCAACUUUUGUUCCCUAAGUCGAAGCGGAAAAGGUCAAGGACGCUUGAUACACCUACAGAGGUUGACUCAUUUUGAUGAACAUUUUUUUUUUAUAUUUUCUUUUUUCUCUUUUUUGUUGUUAGCCCCAACCCCAAAUUAUUAAGAGUGAUACGAGUCUAAUAGUUGGGAAGGCCUCCCCUCUUUCGUUUCCUCUUUGUAGCUCCUACAUUGUUUGAUUUGACCAUUAAAGUAAUUGUGUAAUUAGAGAUGUUCAAGCGAUCAACUAGGCUUCAACAUGGAGUGCUAGGCUGUUAAAUAGUUAGUUAUUGUGAAUGCUACUAAACAAGUAAGUGUUGUUGCUGAAGUCAAGCCUAAUGUAGUUGCCAUUGUUGAACUUGUGUCCUUAUUUGGACUGGCGAUAGGAAGGAACAAACUACCGAGUAAAAUUGGUAAUUAUGGAUAAUUGACAUGGUAUUAGAUUAAAAAUAAACAACCUUAAAACAUGAUAGUUCAAG